AUGUUGUCAGAUGUAGUUAAGACGUUACGCUCUUACGCAAAUGCGUUUCAACUUUACGAGAAGGCUUUAGGUAUGAGCUGUAACACUAGCGAUGACUCGUAUAACAUUCUGUACAACCAAACGCGCUUGUUAUUGAUGAUAUUCACGGAGUAUACCGCUGCAAAUGGCUAUAUAAAUCUUCUAAAAUACGUGAACCUAGAUGGAAUAACCGAUCUGGAGGGGUUGCUGAUACCAAUUGAUGUUAUAUUAACCAAGUUUGAGGCAGUAUUAGUGUCUUUCCCUGAUCAACAUGGCUGGGAUCUCUACUUCAACUUAUUGACAUGUUACCUCAUGUAUGUUGAAUUCAGCGAACCUUUAAUACCCGAAAAAUUCCUUCAGGUUUGUAAGCAAUUCAUUGAGCUAUCUCACAAGUUACUACAAGUCCAAUUAGACGCAUUAGAGAAUGAUUCUUCAAUGGAAACCGAAUCCGAUGCAAAGGUAAUUGAAGACGCUAAGAAGAAUCUCAAGGAAGUAGAUGGAAUACCUGUUAAUCAGCCAAUGCAUAGUGAUACAGAGGUUGCUGAAAUGUCUGAUAGUAUUACCCCUCAAACAUUAAUCGAUUCAUUAUCGUUAAUUUAUAAAUUCAUUGCUGCAGUAACAGAAACGAUUAUAGAGUCUCGUAAAAUGGAUGAAGUUGGCCUAAAUCACGUACAUAUUAACUACCUUGAUGAUCUCAUGUCCAGAUUUCUCAUCCAGGUCAACGAAAUCAGGUCAUCCUUCGUUCAAGUUACUACAGUUGACACCAAAGAACUUAAGCUUGCAAUACGAUCCGUUGAAGGGCUGUCCAUUAUUGCAAACGGCAGUCUACAAACUCUUGAAAAAUUCAUAGAUAAUUCAGAUCCCCAAGAAAUUGAAGAACAGCUACACAUUGUCGAUAUCUUACAGACUGCGUGCACAAACCCUCCCCCUGGUAUUCCAGAAUGGACCCUCUGUUGUAUGUUAGACAAAGUCUUACGCACAGCCCAACACUUACUUACAUCCUUAAGAUCACAAUUGAUCUCAGGCAGUGCAAAAGACAAUACCAACCAACUAAGCCCCACUGUUUUCCGGCUCUGCGAUAUCCUUAACAGUCGUUGUGACAAUGAGAUUAGGCGCUUUUGCAUCAAGAAACAGGAACUUCAGACGUCUACAAGCCCAGAACAGACUGACGACACUAUAAACCUCCUACUUAAAAACGCACAAACCUUAGCCACCAACUCUGCAGCCAUCGCACAACUCUCUUGUGGCUUCCGUGAGUACAUCAUAGAUAAACUCAAGCGAAACUAUAUAUUCCAGCAGGCAAAACUCAGGGUGCACGUAAUUUUAGGCACAGAAGCUGAAUACCGCACAGCGUCUGAUCUCGAAGAAUUUUUGAACGAAAACUCACAAUACACUGUUUUAUCUAGCUGA